AUGGACGGGAGCGAUCCGCCUGUCGCCUCAUCUUCAGCCCGCUCAACGCCUGCGUCCCAGCCAAAGAAAAAGGCCCGUCGAGGCACCGAUUCGGCCAGCCAGAAGCGAAGAUGCAUCAGCACGGCCUGCGUUGCUUGUCGCCGGCGCAAGUCCAAGUGCGACGGCGCGCUGCCAAGCUGUGCGGCCUGUGCCAGCGUCUACGGCACUGAGUGCAUCUACAACCCGAAUUCCGACCAUCGCCGCAAGGGAGUGUAUCGAGAAAAGAUUGACAGCAUGAAGGCCCAGAACUCGACGCUGCAAAUCAUUGUCGAGGCAAUCUUGAACGCCAGCGACGACGAGGUGCCCGAAGUUGUGAACAAGAUCCGGACCUGCGACAACCUCGACACCGUGGCCCAGGAGCUCUUGGCGAUGAGUGCUGAAGUCAAAGAAGAAGGGUUCGACGGUCAGCCUGACCAAGGCGCCAUGUCAUUCUUGCCCGUGCAAGGGGAAAGGGAACUCGCAGAGAAAAUGGGCGAGCUGCGCCUGGAAAAUGGCUCAGUGCGCUUCAUUGGCGGCACAUCUCAUCUCAUCUAUCUGGGCGACCCUCACCACGACGACCUCACAUACGACUCGCCCUCAGAUCCGGGCAUAUUCAACGAGAACCCCAUCACAUCCUGGACCCGCGUCACCACCGACCCACGCCUCAUCAUGCACCUUAUGAACAUGUACUUCAGCUAUCAUUAUCCCUACUUCACCACGCUCUCGCGGAAGCUCUUUUGGCGCGAUUUCAUGAGAGGAAAAGCAGGGCUUCAGCCAGUCACGGCAUAUUGUUCCUCGCUGCUAGUCAACGCAAUGCUGGCCCUUGGCUGCCACUUCACCGAUAUCACAGGCGCUUUUGGCAUACCCGGGGAUAGCAGAACAAAAGGUGACCAUUUCUUCGCCGAGGCUAAGCGACUAAUCAUUGAGAAUGACGAGUACGAGAAGCCCCGGCUCGUGACCGUACAAGCUCUGGCUCUCAUGUCCGUGAGAGAGGCGGGAUGCGCAAGAGAGGCAAAGGGCUGGGUAUAUAGCGGCAUGAGCUUUAGGAUGGCUCUCGACAUUGGUCUCAACCUUGAGGUGGAGGGUUUGGAUAGAGAGCACAUGACGGAGGAGGAGAUAGACGCCCGGCGCAUCACCUUUUGGGGCUGUUUCGUGUUCGACAAAACUUGGUCCAACUAUCUGGGCCGCCUGCCGCAACUCCCGAGAAACUCCUUCACUGUUUCCAAAAUCGACGUCUUCCCCGACGAAGACGCUGCUCUAUGGUCCCCAUUCUCCGACAAGGGAUUCGACGAAUCUCUCGCUCAGCCAUCCAGAACGCGAGCCGUCGCGCUCCAUUUAUCAAAGCUGUGUGAAAUCAGCAACGACAUACUCGUCUUCUUCUACCAUCCAAGCCAUAUCAAGAGGGCUAGCAGCAAGUCUCUCGAACUCAAGAAGCUUGGCGAGCUCCAUCAGCGACUCGAAGAAUGGCGGAAGAAUCUGCCCAAAGAAUUCGAGCCAAAGGAAGGCUUGCUGCCAAACGUAAUAUUGAUGCUCGCAUUCUUCCACCUCCAAUAUAUCCAUCUAUUUAGGCCAUUCCUGAAAUAUUCGCCAUCUGCAUCUCCUCUACCAUCCCACAUAUCUCCAAGGCGGAUCUGCACUGCAAAUGCGGGUGCUAUUUCCAAAUUAAUGAGAUUAUACAAGAAAUCAUGGAAUCUCCGACAAAUUUGCAAUAUUGCAGUCUACAUGAUUCACAGCGCGUGUACGAUCCACCUGCUCAACCUCCCGGAAAAGACUGCCAAGAGAGAUCUCACUCAUGGUCUUCGACACCUGGAAGAAAUUGCGGAAGACUGGCUCUGUGCCAGGCGGACGCUGAGCAUUCUCAGUGUCCUGGCUAGGAAAUGGAAGUGCGAGUUGCCAGAGGACGCAGAGAUGAUCCUCAAACGGACGGAUGAACGAUUUGAAUAUUACAGCACAUCCGAAGUUCCAUCUCCUGGGUCGAGCAACGUAGCACCUAUAUCAUCGCCAAGUGCCUCUGAAGAAGGGACAGCUGCUGCCGCCAGGAUCGAGUAUGGACAGGUUAGGCACCAAAACUCAGAGCCUAUGGCGCAACCUGCACUACAGACGUCUAUUGAGGAGCGCAUGUCGAUGGACUCACCACUAGCUAUGACUAAUGGCAACCCUCUCUCCGGCCAGCAAGUCAUGGCCAUGGAUCCUGCGCAAAUAGACUUCCAAGACAUAUUAAGCUCAUGGCCGCAACAACUAAAUAUGCCCAUGAACUCACAGUCCCCGGACCUAUCAUCCACCUCCCAGAGCCACCUAUCAUCGAAUAUGAGCCACAACCCAAGCCAAAACCUAAAUAUUGAUAGUCGCGAGUGGCUACUGAACGAUUCGGCACGGCUGCACCAAAGCUUUGGGAGCUGGAACAUUAGACCGCAGCAGCGGCAGCGGCAGUCCCGAGGGCCUCCAACGACGAACGCCAUGUUUAUGUUUGGCACCGGUCAGGGAGAUGGCGCUGCGGUUGACACACCCGAUUUAAGCGCUUUUGAUUCACUUACUGAGUCUUUGACGACGAUUAAUACCUGGCUGCCGCCGGGACUGGAGUAA